CAGGGUGGGGGGGAUUUGCGUCAGUGAGGGAGCGGGCAGAGCGGCGGGGCGGGCGGACAGACGGACGGAGGGAGCCGGCGAAGAGGGACUCGCCCCAUGGAGUUGUGCCCCGGGCUCGCUGCGCCCUCGGGCUGGGCGCUGCCGCUGCUCCUUGCCCUGGGCGCCGGGCUCAGCCACGCCACCCCGCACCUGCGCUACUCCCGCCCGGGCUCCCGCAGCAAGAACUGGUGUGCCUACAUCGUGAACAAGAACGUCAGUUGCUCGGUGCUGGACGGGACCGAGAGCUACGUCCAGGCCCAGUACAAGUGUGCCUGGAACGAGUUUCCCUGCCGGCCGACCCCGGUAUACCGAACAAGUUUCAGACCUCGAUACACGGUUGCAUAUAAGACUGUGACAGAGCUAGAAUGGAGAUGCUGUCCUGGGUACAAAGGUGAAGACUGCAGAGAAGGGCCGUCAGAACAGCCCAGGGCAGCUCAUCGGCCCACGACACCAGCGAAAGCUAUUGUGAAGAAAGGCUUGGAUGCUGAACCAACAGAAGUGCCAGAACCUCCACCGCAUGAGAAGAAAAUGCAGUUUUUUGAGGAAGAAUUGUUUAGACUUACACGAUCAGUGAUUGAACUUCAGUCCUCCUUGGCACGUGUGAAUGAAAACCUAAAGCUGACUGUUCAAGAAGAUGCCAGUAAGGUGUUGGUCACUUGGCUGAACAACCUCUAUGAUCGCCCGGAGCCUGAUAGCACAGUUAGUGGUGAAACAGACAGUAUUCAUCUGCCUGGACUCCUCAGCAAUAAAGAUCAGAAAGACCCUUUUCUUGAUUUUGAAGUGGAAGAUCUAAAGUCUGAGCUAGCUGAGGUCAAAGAGGCCUUGAAGAACAGAAAUGAUAAGCUGGAGGAACUGAAUGGUAAAGUAAAAGGCUACGAAGGACAAUUAAAACAACUGCAGGAGGCAGCACAGGGGCCUACAAUAACAAUGCCUAGUGACAAUAUAUAUCGGGAAUACAUAGACUCAAAAUUUGAGUCCCUCAGACAGGAAUUACUGGAAGGAUUUGAAAAGAAAAUGGCAGAUCUGAAGAACUCUUGUGAAUACAAACUACAGGAUAUCCAGCAGCAGUGUGAUGACAAUGAAAAUAACUGUUUAGGUAUAAUAGAUGUUAUAAGAGGUAAAGAAAAUGACUUGAAAAAAGAAAUAAAUUCUCUCCGUACUCAGAUUCCGUCAAACUAUUCCAGUUGUUGCAAGGAGGGUGAGAGAAAUGACUUGGACCAGAGGAUAAAAGAUUUAGAUAAGAAGCUUGACAGAGUCGUGGAAGCACACAGGAUCUUGAACGUCAGAAUAGAUAAUGAAAUCAGUCGAUUGUCAACUCCAGAUUUGGAAGACAUGUUUGGUGAGAGGUUGGAGGAGCUAGAUGCAAGGAUGAACAUCACUGAACGGAAUGCUGAAGAGCACUGCUUUUACGUUGAGGAAACUCUCCGAAACACUAUAGCUGUUGAGGCAGAUGAACUGAGAGACUUGUUUGACCAAAAGCUACGGGCACUGGAAGAUAGGCUAGGUGGCACUAUUUUAGAGAUGGCUAAUACCACAGACCCAGAUGGAAUGUACAUGAAUCCUGUGCCUAUCAUGCCCAGCGACACUGGGUUUGCAAAUGAACAGCUUACAGCGGAGAUGAAUCUCAUGAAGAAUAAACUGCUGUCCCUUGAACGCCUCUGUGGGCAGAAAUGUCAGUCUGCACCACAAGGUAUGGAGGACCUUCAGAAAGAGCUAGAAAAUUGUAAUAACAAUUACAGUCACUUGCUUAUGAAAACGGAGAACAACUCUGCUCUUCUGCAAUUUUUAAAUAGCUCUCUUAAUGAGAAACUUAACUUAAUUAAGGGUAACCAGCGUGACAACCAGAAAAUACAGAGGGACUUGCGUGUGCUCCGGUAUAGUCUAAAUGUCAUGGAUAAAGAUGUGAAGAAUCUUCAAGAUGGCUUGAACAGUUGCAAAGAGCAACUUCUGGGGGUCAAUUCUACCUGUAGAAAAACACAAAGAGGUGUCUACCGAAAAAUCGACCAAAUGCAGAAGACAUUUGCAAAUCAAACCAUUCAUCCUAGCGAUAAUUGCUGCAGCGAAGUGAGAGAGAGACUAGAACAAUUAAAUGACCAAAUCCUGAAUGAUCGUAGCAAGUGUAAAGAAAAGACCCAAGGGACGCAGGAUGGUGUUUCAGAUGUUGAGAGCAGAGUCUCACGUGUUGAAAAAGUUUGCGGCAAGCUGGACUCUGUCUCAGGUAGCUUGCAGAAGAUAAAAGAAGGUCUAGAUAAGCACGUGAGCAGCUUAUGGAACUGCAUACGUGAAAUGAAUGGAACUAUAUCAUCUCAUUCCAGAGAUAUUUCUGGCCUCAAAAAUUCUGUCCAGCGGUUUUAUAGUCAGGUCUCUAAAAUCACCACAGACAUGGAAGGCAUGCUGAAAUCGCAGUCUGACACACGGCGACCAGAAGCACCACGGCAGGCAUUGCCACCGAUACCACCGCUGCAGCCCCAGCCCGGCUCACCCCUGCUGCCCUCCAGGCCCAGGAUCCAGCCCCCACGACAGCGGCCCCCGCUGCAGCCGCCACAGCCCAGGCCUGCACGCCCGGCACUGCCCAGCUCACCACUGACUCCAUUCCUGCCUGGCACGACCGGGAUCAUCCUGGAGACUGGGGAGGCCGGACCUCCUGGCACAGUGCUGAUGUCGGGGAGAGGCCGGCUGAGGAGCGUCGAUGGUCAGGCUGGUCAGAGCACCAUGCCCAUUGCGGAGGGGUACGCUGGAGCACCAGGAUAUCCGAAGUUAAUGCCUCCAACCACAGCCUCACAAGGACCUGCUGCUGCUGCAGCCUCUCUGGUGUCCUUUUCGGCUGGGCUCACACAGAAGCCUUUCUCCAGCGAUGUUGGCGUGGUUCACUUUAACAAAGUGCUCGUGAAUGACGGUGACUAUUACAACCCCAAUACAGGCAUUUUUACAUCACCAUAUGAAGGGCGCUACCUGAUCACGGCCGUGCUGGCUCCGGAGAGGGAUGAGUACGUUGAAGCAGUGCUGUCCGUCUCCAAUGCAAGCGUUGCUCAGCUGCACACGGCUGGGUACAGGAGAGAACUGCUGGAGUACCACAAACCCUACUCGGGGAAACGGACCUGUGGUGGUCCUGGAACAUUCCACCUUGUUCUUCACCUCAAAGCAGGAGAUGAAGUAAACGUUGUCGUAACAGGAGGCAAACUGGCCUACACAGACUCUGACGAAAUGUAUUCCACGUUUAGUGGGGUUCUGCUUUAUCCUUCCAUUUCUCAAGUUUAGAUCCACCAUCAAACAGGAGAGAAGGGUAAGAUACUCCGAAGAAAAUAAGUGUAAUAAAAUUAAAAGCUUUAAUAUAUUCAGUUUAUAUAUUUGAUUUCAGUGAUGAGUUUAUUGUCUGUACUGAAACCUUUUCCUUGUCCCCAGUUACCAGAGAUAGCUACAGCAGACCUGGUUCUGUAGCUAAACUAGCUCUUUCCCCAAGUCCUUGUUUACCUGUACAAACAACAGCUGUUAAACAACAGUCGCAUUCUCAGUAGAUACUUCUCCACUGUGCUCUUAUCCCCUACUAAAUAGCCUUUUCAGUUUUAUCCCCAGUUUAUCUCUGCCAGCAUCCCAAGUGUAUCAGAGUUUACAUCUUAGCUGAAGUUUAAUGCUGCAGUAAGCUACUGUUGUGCUUUCAGUAAAGCAGGGGCAAGAAAGUGAGAUCGUACAGGACACUAUUGAUGAAUUCCUAAUCCUUGUGUUCUUUAAUACUAUGUUGGGUCAGCACAUUUGCACAAACCAUUUGUUCAAAACAUUGCUAACCACAGUGGUGCAAAGCAGAAUUAUGUUUGUCUACAUCAGGUUUUUUUCUCCCUCUUAAGGACCAAGUGCAGUGCUAAGAGAGGGGAUGAGUGACUCCAGCACUUUGCAAGGAGGAACGUCCCUUGCCCCAGCUUUUCUUAGUCUAUUCAUGCUGCAUAGAGUUGUAUUUAUCACAGUGGUUUGUGUAGUACAUUUUCCAUGUUACGAAUCCAGAACGGCUGAUUGUAGCACAGACCAGAUCAUUCCUUUAUGUGAAGGAAGAACACCCUGUGCUGUAAGCAGCACAGUGCCUUCAGCCAAAGCCUUUCCCAUCUGAAGAGGUCAGAUGAACACUUGCCUUUGUUGCAGUUUUGGAAUAGAUACUCCCCAAAAACUUUGUUUCCAGGCGAUGAGAUGGGGCCGUCCCACAACAAACGAUCACAUCCUGGAAGUUGAGCUGCCUUUGAGAAAAGCAGACAGAAAAAGCUCUAUCCCCACAGGAGCUCUGCGUCAGUGCCUUUGGAGAUAGGAAGGAUCACAGGAAGGAAGUGGCCAGCAGAUUUUUAAAGCACGGGGAUGAGGAAGGGCUCCUGGCACCUGAUCUUCAGUGCUUGUGUGUUGCUACUAAGCAGGAGGUAGGGCUGGAUGUAUUCUGUGGCAGGAAGGCUGCGGGUGUAGGAGCAGCUGUAGGCAGCAGCCGAAGGCACCUGGCACACUUGGCAGCCUGGGGAUGGGAGCCAGCCCCUCUCCCUUCCCUGAGUUUGUCCAGAUCCGUGCCGGAGCCAUUAGCAUGCAGUUAGCAGAUGCGCACCCAUUCAAGAGUGUCUUUUCUACUGUCCUAAAUCAACAGCUCACUGCUUUCCCACACCUUCCAGGUCUCAAAAUUAAAGGCACAGAUGGGAAAGACUUCUUUUUUUCUUCCUGAAAGCCAACUACAUCAACUGUAUAUAUAUUCUGAAUCAAUUUCUCAUUACGUACAAAAAGCCAUAGAGGCAUUUUUCCUUUUAGGAUAUUUUCUACUCAAGAAAGCUGUGUGCUCAAGAAGUUGGCUGCCAUCUCUGUGUGACUCAGUAUUGUUGCAUUUCGGUGCCUGUUCUAAAAAUGACUCAUGGAAACAAACAAAGUGAGCUGAGUGCCUGGGGAGUCCCAGCUGGCAACCACCACCUCUUCAUCUUUUUUUCCCCCUCCCAGUGAGGCACGUUUUAAGAAUCAGUGGUGAAAGUUUAGUGCUGGAGUUAUAUAGGUUUCAUCACCUGAUUCUCACCUAACUGCUCCUGCAGGCUCCUACCUCCAGCACUCACACAUCCUCACAAGCACAGUGCCCUCGUGGCACAGCGCUGUCUUCUGCCAGGAACCUUCUCCUUGUACCUGGGAUCUGAGAGUGAUCCCACGCAGUGCAGCACAACCAGUGUUCAUAUGCAGCUGUAAAGCAUUUUCUAAACAAUAUCGCAGCAGGAGUGGUUCUCACAGGUCUAUUUUCAGAACACCUUAUAGUGGAUGGGAAGCUAUUCCGAAAAGCACUAUCUCCAGCAGGGGCUAAAGCUAUGAACUUUGAACCUCUGCCUUACGUUCCUGCUUUGCUUGAGGAAAAUGAACCUUAAUUGCCACUUUCUCAGUAAUUGCUGUAAUCAGGGUAAGUGGCUCAGUUCUUCUCAAUGAAGUUCCCUUACUGGAGCUUUCAGGAUGUAAUAUCUGCCCAGUUGGGAAGAUUGAGAUGCUGUAGCAUAGGAAGGAGGGAUCAGAGUUCCAGGUGCUGCUUCAGUCAGAACUUGAUUAAGACGUUCAUUAAAGCAAGAUUCUUUGGCAAAUCAAGCAUGCAAAACUGUCUUGUCCCCCGUGAUCCUGUUUCCUAUCAGGGCAGGACAGACCAGCUAGCCAGCAGCCAGGGAACAUACCUCUGCUCUGGCCAGACACAUUGCAUCCUAGAACAGAUGGGAAAGGCAACAGAGAGCCAAACAAAUCAAUAAUUGCAGGAAGUCACAGGCGAGCUUUGGAGCAAAGCAAGAAGGCAAAUUUUCACCACAAAACAUAUGGAACUACCUCAUUAUUUUAAUUUGCUAUUUAGACUUAGGAGACAUUACUGUACUGACCAUUCACAGCAACAAGGAUCUUCUAUAGCAUCCCACCCUACAGCCAUUCAGUGUACCCCAGGUUACUUGCAGCAGUUCUGUGCAGUUCUACUGACAGAGCAUCUGGCCAGCCUGGUGAGGACAACCAGCCAUACCAGACCCACUACAAACAGCCAAAGAAGCGCAGCUGUACGUAGAAGGCAUGGGAAGGCAACUUGAAACAAAGUGCAUGCAAGCCCUCACUAGAGCUUGAAAAGGCCCAAAGGCACAGGGAGCACACAAAGGGCUCCGCAGCUGCAAGCUGGAGAUUUGUAUCAGGAGGAAAUUGCUUCCUGAGGAUGCUUCCUGAGGAGUUGGACUCGGUGAUCCUAAUGGGUCCCUUCCAACUUGGGAUAUUCUAUGAUUCAGGAGCAUUGUAUUUGCUAAAUAAGUCCUUAUGGCACAGUGUGGUAGUGGAUAUGGAUACGUUCCACCAAAACCACAAAUGCUGUCACAUUGUCUGCUUGGGGAUGGAAGGAACAUUCGCUUCCUUGAGCCUCAAGCAGCAGCUGUGCUUUGGUUCCAAGUUGCACCCAGAUAGUGGCACGGAGCACAGGUUGUCCAGCACCAGGGACCAGCUGGGGCUGCGUCUUGUCAGCACGAGGCAGACUUGCGCUCAAGCCAGCACCAGCCCUCCUGCAAUGUACCCUGCAGUCUUCAGACAAGGUGCGAAAGAACAGCUCUGCCAAUCCUUUGUACACGGGGGACUCCAAAGAACGUAUUAGAACAUGUUCAGACAUAAGCAGGUUUUGGGAUUUAUCCAUUUUGCUAUCUUGAUUGUAUUAGAAAAAUAUUUUUUCCCCUGCAAAGAGCAGCUCAUUUGGGUGUAUACUUUCUGUGCAUAUAUACAUAUGCAUACAAACACAGAUGUACAGAAACUGAUACCCAGGAACAGGAAUAAAACUGUUCAAUGGAAACCAACUGCUGACAUGUCCAAAUAAAGCCUGCCUGUUUUGUGA